GGCGGAGGGAAACGCGCGUCAGUACGGAGCUGUGGCGCUGAAGUUACUCACCAGGAAAACCAAACGACUUUAUUUUCUUUACAAGAGAAAACAGCAAAGGGAGACACACAUUUAAAGGAUUUAUUCCCAUCAGAGCCGGUGUGUGCUGCGGUCCUUUCCCUGUGCUGAAAAAUGAGUCUAACCAGUAGUGACCUAGAGGACCUGUUGGAAUCGCUGUCGGACCUCAACUUCUCCGACCCGUUGGGCAACAUAUCCCGUGUGGAUACGAUGGUGUGUGCCACGUCGUUUAACCGCACUGCUCUGCUCUACUCCACGUGCAUCCUCUACUCUUUUAUCUUCAUCAUCGGCCUGGCUGCUAACGCCCUGGUCCUGUGGGUCAACAUCCGUGCUCAAAGAGACUCCACCCCUCGCCACGAGACACACAUGUACAUCGCUCACCUGGCUGUCGCAGACCUGUGCGUGUGCGUCACUCUGCCCGUGUGGGUGAGCUCGCUGGCUCAGCACGGCCACUGGCCAUUCGGCGAGGUGGCGUGUAAACUCACACACCUACUUUUCUCGGUCAACCUCUUCAGCAGUAUCUUCUUUUUGGCCUGCAUGAGUGUGGAUCGCUACCUAAGCCUGACAAAGCACGGGGACGGCGAGGGUGGCGUGAGGAGGAGGUUGUUUCGGCGUGGGGCUUGCAUCGCCGUGUGGCUUCUGGCGCUUGUGGCCAGCUUGCCGGACACCUACUUCAUGCGUACGGUGAAGUCGUCGCAUGGGGACAUCAUGUUGUGCAGGCCUGUGUAUCCAGAGGAAAACCCCAGGGAGUGGAUGGUGGGAGUACAGCUGAGCUUCAUCCUCCUGGGCUUCGUUCUCCCGUUCCCUGUUAUCGCAGUGUUUUAUGCCCUUCUGGCCAGAGCUUUCGCCCGCUCCUCUUCUUCGUCAUCAUCCUCAACAGUGGAACAGGAGCGUCGUGUGAGCCGUAGGGUGAUCCUAGCCUACAUCAUUGUUUUCCUGGGCUGCUGGGGUCCCUACCACAGCGUCCUCCUGGCUGACGCCCUGUCACAGCUGGGUUUAGUGCCGCUGACCUGUCACCUGGAGAAUGUGAUCUUGGUGGCCUUACAUCUCACCCAGUGCCUGUCCUUGCUCCACUGCUGUUUCAACCCGAUCCUCUACAACUUCAUCAACAGAAACUACCGCUAUGACCUCAUGAAGGCCUUCAUCUUUAAAUAUUCCACAAGGACGGGCUUGGCGCGGCUCAUUGAGGCUUCGAAUAUGUCCGAGACUGAGUAUUCUGCCGUAGCUGUAGACAACCCACCGCAAAUCUAAAAACUGAACAAAACCCCCCAAAAACACAUUUCUCAUACACUGUUUGUAAAUCACCAUGUAAAUGACUAAAAUGCAGAGCAACUGAUUUGUUAAAGACCUGAGUCAGUCGACUAUCAGCAUCAAGUUGACCUUCAGUGGCAGAAGACAGAG